AUGUCAAAAAACACUGGUAGUAAUCGAAUUAGCGCAUUGAAACGGCUGAGUAAACCGUCCUCAUUAAAUAAUAUGAAUCGUGGUCAAUCAAUCGGAUCGAAAAAUUCAUCAGUACAAGAUGCACGAGACUUGUUACAAAGUCGAAAUAAAGUAUCGUUCGAUGCCAGACAAUUACUAAGCCGACAAUCAUCAAAGAUAUUAACAAAAACUAUCAUACGUAAUAAUCUUCUAUCAAAUAAAAAAGACAUAGGUAGUAAUGAUGGGAAAAUGGUUGUUAUUACUGGACUCGAAGAUAUGAAAAUGAAAGAUGGACGAUUGAUUCCAACGACAACAAUGGGUAGUAGCGAAGUUGAAAAGAAGAAAAAGAUUUUUGCUGUUGGACCAUCUACGUACGUUACUAUUCGUAACAAUAAUAAUAAUAACAAUGAUAACAAUACUGCCAGUUCGACUCAAUCAACUGGAAAAAUCUCUUUAACUAAAACGAUUAAAAAUCCGUUUGUUCGUACGCAAGAUGAUAUUCAGCCUUCUCAGACUGCUAAUAGUCUUUUGUCAUUGUAUGAUCGAAAAGUUGCUGUUAGUUUUGUUAAUGAUAAAUGUCAAAAAAUUCCUCAAUCUUCACAAGUCAUAGCAACAUCGAGUUCAUCUUCAUCAUCGCUAUCCAUUCAACAAUAUCAUCAACCUCCUAUUGUCAAACGUUUGCAUGAUGCUUCUAUUCAAACAACACCUUCAUCUUCGUCUUCAUCUCGAUCACCUAUUCGGAUGAGUUCUCAUCGUCGUCAUCCCAGUACUACAAUAGAUGACGAAGAUCGUGUAUCUCAUCAAACAAUUGAUGAUGAUCUUUAUGAACCUUCAGUAAAACGUACUGCAUCGUCCGCACGAAAAACAACAACAACUUCAACGACGACGACGACGACUGAUAAAGAGAUGCAAGGUUCAUCAAUAGUAUUACCUACAGGUUCUGUUAAGAGAACGUCAGCAGGUGUGCCGAUUAGUUCAAGAAUAACAUCUAAUACUUCUACAGUAUCAAAACCGACAUCAACAAUACAAUCUAAUUCAACACCGGGAACUAUAUUAGUCACAAAUCUUCAACCAUCUGUUACAGAAGAAGAUGUUAUUGAAUUAUUUGGUGAAAUUGGUCGUAUUAAUGAAAUAACUACAUUGAGUCAAGGCUGUGUUCAAAUUAUUUAUGCUAAACGUGAACAUGGCGAACAAGCUGUUGCUAAAUAUCAUAAUCGUUUAUUAGAUGGGCAAUUUAUGUAUGUUAGUCUUCAACAACUAUCAUCAUAUUCAACAAUACAAAAUUCGAAAAAAACCCAUAAUGAUGAACAGCCAACAAAAGAGAAUGGAGCGUCAAAUAUUUCUACAUCAACAGCUGAUCAGCCAUUAAAAUUAAAUUCCACAAAUAAUACUGCGAAGAAAAUUGUUAUUGAUCCAGCAUUUAUUCGGCAAGCACUUUUUCAUCCAACGAAUAGCACCGCAAAUCCUGUACAAUUUCAAGUUAAACUUUAA